AUGCUCAAGAUCGUACUCGCCGCCAUUGGUAUAGCCUCUGCCGUCCAUGCCGUGGAGAUCACUCUCCAUUCAACUGGGUAUUCCCUCCCGGUCGCGGAUACGCAUCAGACUCCGACCAGCGUCUACCCCUGUGGUGGUAUCUCCCCUGGCGAGUCUCGUACCGCCUACCCUGUCACUGGUAGUACCAUCGCCUUCAAUUCCACAUACCCCAUCGUCAACAUGGACGUCUUGUGGGUCAACCAGAGCGACCCCGAGCUGUUCCACGACUUUAGCACCUACACAAACUCGAUCAUUGCCAUGUCUGUUGGAGAGUAUUGCUUUGCCGGGCCCGAGUUUAUUUCUCUUGGGGUAGAGACUGGCGAGAAUGUCACCAUGUUGGUCAUCUAUGAGGCAAGUAAAGACAUUUUCGGCUAUACCGAGUACAACUACGCUUGCGCAGAUCUCACUAUCGUCGACGAAAACUCAUUCGCCGAGUCCUCCUUCACCUGCGCCAACAGUUCUGUCAUCAUUGACAUUGCCCCUCUCAACGAGUCUAUGAUUUUGCAGGGCGAAAACUUUACCGGCGACCAGGCUCGAGAGGGAAACGGGGAGACUAUCAGCUUGACUGAACUUCCCACCACGUCGGCUACCACCAACUCCUUGGGGUGUUGUCGACUACUACCGAUGCGCACGGGGGUGCCGUUGAGAGCUUUACCGCUAGCUCCGCUACGUCUGCUGCUUCCACGAGCUCAUCGAGCUCCUCAUCCUCGUCUUCUGCCUUGA